AUGGAAUCAACGAUGUGUAUUGGUAUAAUCACUGGAGUGGUUAUAGUUGUUAGUAUUUUGAUGGAGUACUUUUUCUCAUUGUUUAAAAUACUUCUCAAAAGACCAUUAUCCCCAACAGGUGCACAAGAGAUAGAUGCUGAGGAACACAUUUAUGCGCAUCCCAAAUAUGCAAAACAAUUAAUGGAUCCUCGUACAUUUGAUGUACAAACAAUUUAUGAAAUUCUUUUAAAUGGCCUUCGAUUGAGUGGCGAUCGGCCACAAUUUUCAUAUAGAUAUUCGUCCAAUGAAAAAUUUAAAUCUUACACCUAUAAACAAGUAUUUGAGAUUAUUAAAGAGAUUGGCAGUGGUGCAGUAAGAACUGGUCUUGAACCGUCAAAUGAAACAUUUGUUGGUAUUUAUUCUUCAGCGUCAGUUAAUUAUGCACUUUGUCUAUAUUCAACUUGGCCAUAUUCAAUGAUACCAGUAGGCAUUUAUGAUUCACUUGGCCGUGAUGGUGUCAAAUUUAUCAUAACUCAAACUCGUGUUGAAUUAGUUUUUGCUGAUGAUCUAACACGAGUGAAAAACCUAAUUGAAUGGAAAGAUGAAACGAUAGCAUUGAAAACAAUUGUUAGUUUUGUUGAACCAACAGACGAAUUAGUACAAUCAGCUCAUGAUAAAGGAAUACAACUGAUGACACUUGAUAAGUUAAGAGAAAUCGGAAGAAAUAAUCCAGUAGAAGUUGUACCACCGAAACCAAGUGAUAUGGCCUUGAUUAUGUAUACAAGUGGAAGUACAGGAGAACCAAAAGGUUGUAUCAUUUCACACGAAACUUUUAUAUGUUCAAUGUUAGGUGUUGCAUCUGCAAUUGAUAUAUUAGAUCCAAGUAGAAUUACACGUGUAUUAAAUUAUAUGCCUCUAGCACAUAUGUUUGGUUGUGGAACCGUUAUUGCUAUAAGUUAUCUAGGUGGAGAAAUUGGUUUUUGGCAAGGUAAAGUUGAGAAAUUAGUCGAAGAUUUCCAUGAUUUUCAGCCAACACUUCUUACCAUGGUACCACGUUUACUGAAUAAAUUAUAUGAUAAGGUUCGAUUAGAAUUACGUAAAAAAGGAAUGGCUGGUCGUGUAUUAUUUCAAUUGGCUAUUAAAAGUAAGCUUGCACUCAUUCGACGAGGAGAUUUUUCUCAGAAUACCCUUUGGGAUAAAAUUAUGUUUGAAAAAAUUCGUCAAUCAUUUGGUGGAAAAGUUAAUCGUGUUAUUUCAACCAGUGCGCCGCUUUCACCUGAAGUUUGCCGAUUUUCACGUGCUGCAUUUUCAUGUUUUUUCGUGGAAUGUUACGGACAAACAGAAUGUGUCGUAGGCUGUACACAAUCAGUAAACGAUUUUGAAGCAGGUGCAACAGGUAUUCCAACACCACUCAAUUAUCUUAAACUAGUUGAUGUGCCUGAAAAGAACUAUUAUGCUAAAGAUGGCGUUGGAGAAAUCUGUCUCAAGAGUCCAGCUGUAUUCAAAGGCUAUUUAAAAGAUGAAGCGAAAACACGUGAAGCGAUCGAUGAACAAGGCUGGUUACAUACAGGUGAUAUUGGCCGAUGGACACCACAUAAAACAAUGCAGAUUGUUGACCGAAAGAAGAACAUGUAUAAGCUAAGUCAAGGUGAAUAUGUAGCACCAGAAAAAAUUGAAGAUGUCUAUUCACGAAGUCGAUUUAUUGCUCAAGUGUUUGUUCAUGGUGAUUCAUUGGAAAGUGUUCUUGUUGCUGUGGUUCUAUUGAAUGAUGAAUAUAUAAAACAAUGGGCUACGAAUGAAGGCUUAGCCGUGCAAGAAACACUCUCAUCGGAAAUGGAGAAGAAAUUAAAGCAAGUUGUUCUUGAUGAUAUGGUUCGUGAAGGCAAAAAACGUGGUUUAAUGUCUUUUGAACAAGUGAGAGCCAUUGAAUUCAUUAAAGAACCGUUUACAAUUGAAAAUGGACUUUUGACACCUACAUUCAAAGCGCGUCGAUAUGCUGUAGAAAAACGAUACAAUGAACUAUUCAAAAAGAUUUACAAAACUCUUAAUGCUUAG